UUUGCAGGCAGCGGCGGCCGGGGCGGAGCGGGAUCGAGCCCUCGCCGCGGCCUGCCGCCAUGGGCCCGCGCCGCCGCCGCCGCCUGCCUCCCGGGCCACGAGGGCCGUGAGCACCAUGGCCGUGGCCCCCGCGGGCGGCCAGCGCGCGCCGGCGCUGGAGGCCCUGCUCGGGGCGGGCGCGCUGCGGCUGCUCGACUCCUCGCAGAUCGUCAUCAUCUCUGCCGCGCCCGAUGUCGGCGCCCCGCAGGGCCCCGCCGGCCCCGCCGCGCCGCCCGCCGGCCCACGCGACCCUGACGUGCUGCUCUUCGCCACGCCGCAGGCGCCCCGGCCCGCGCCUAGUGCACCGCGUCCCGCUCUCGGCCGCCCGCCGGUGAAAAGGAGGCUGGAUCUGGAAACUGACCAUCAGUAUCUGGCUGGGAGCAGUGGGCCGUUCCGGGGCCGAGGCCGCCACCCAGGGAAAGGUGUGAAAUCUCCAGGAGAGAAGUCACGCUAUGAGACAUCAUUAAAUCUGACCACCAAACGCUUCUUGGAGCUGCUGAGCCGCUCAGCUGAUGGUGUUGUUGACCUGAACUGGGCGGCUGAGGUGCUGAAAGUGCAGAAACGGCGCAUCUAUGACAUCACCAAUGUCCUUGAGGGCAUCCAGCUCAUUGCCAAGAAGUCCAAGAAUCAUAUCCAGUGGCUAGGCGGCCGCACCAUGGUGGGGAUCAGUAAGCGGCUUGAAGGCUUGACCCAGGACCUGCAGCAACUGCAGGAGAGUGAGCAGCACCUGGAUCACCUGAUGCAUAUCUGUACCACGCAGCUGCAACUGCUUUCUGAGGACUCAGACAGCCAGCGCCUGGCCUAUGUGACCUGCCAGGACCUUCGUAGCAUAGCGGACCCUGCAGAACAGAUGGUCAUAGUGAUCAAGGCCCCUCCUGAGACCCAACUACAAGCUAUAGACUCUGCAGAGACAUUUCAGAUCUCUCUUAAGAGCAAACAAGGACCCAUCGAUGUUUUUCUGUGUCCUGAGGAGAGUGCAGAGGGGAUCAGCCCUGGGAGGACCCCAUCCCAGGAGAUAUCCUCUGGGGAAGACAGGACCGCAGAUCCUGGCACUGCAGGGCCUCUACCGUCACCUCCCUCCACAUCCCCGACCUUGGAUCCCAGCCAGUCCCUGCUAGGCCUGGAGCAAGAACCAGGAUUGUCACGGAUGAGCAGCCUGAGGACCCCCAUGGAAGACGACCAUCUGUCACCGCUGGUGGCUGCUGACUCACUCCUGGAGCAUGUUCGAGAAGACUUCUCUGGGCUCCUCCCUGGGGAGUUCAUCAGCCUUUCCCCACCCCACGAGGCCCUUGACUACCACUUUGGCCUUGAGGAGAGUGAAGGCAUCAGAGAUCUCUUUGACUGUGACUUUGGGGACCUGACCCCUCUGGAUUUCUGACAGAAGCCUAGGGAGCCAGGGUGUCUGGAGAUGCCCACCCUGUCUGCAGCUUUGGAGCCUCCUGCCCUGGGUCAUCCUUCCUGCUUUAUUGGAAAAGCACGAUUCAUACCCUCUUCUCUGUGCAGUAGCUUCUAGAUCUGGGGUUUGGCAGCUGCCAGAUUGAGCAGACCAAAAGGGGAAGGAUUUUGUAUGGUGUGUGUGUGUGUGUGUGUGUGUGUGUGUGUGUGUGUGCGUGCGUGCGUGUGCACACGCACACUUGUGUAUGCACGAAUGUGCACCCCACACUGCACACUGUGUGCUUGGGGUGUAUUCUGUAUGUAUGCGUGUAUGCAUGUGUGUACCGGGGAAUGAAGGUGAACACAUCUGUAUGUGUGCUGCAGACACAUCCUGCUGUGUCCACAUGUGUGCAUGAAAUCAUGUGCGCGCAUUGGGGUGGGGGUGGGGCUCUAACUGCACUUUUGGUGUCCUUGCUGCAGAGGCCUCGAGAGGCCCAGGGUGGCUGCCGGCUCCCAGAAUCCUGUAUGCCAGCCAGGCCAGGUGGAGUAGCUUGGCCGACUGCAUUUGCAGGGCAGCAAGAGCACUGCUUAAAAGUUUUCCGAUCGAAGCUUUAAUGGAGCGUUUAUUUAUUUAUCGAGGCCUCUGGCAAGCUUGGGGAAUAAGCUAAGGGUGGGAGAGAUAUGGGCUAAUACCCCAACUUCCUAUACUCUGAAGCAAGGGCAGGGUCCCCUAGCUGGUUUUUUUUUUUUCUUCCCCCAACCCCAAAGGAGCUAAGGCCCAAGCAGUUUAUUUAUUGGGAAAGUGGGAGGCGGGGAACAGACUGACAGCCAUGGGCGGGUUGGAGAAAUGGUCCCCAAGGUUGUGCCGGCACCCUCACUGUGCCCAGGUGGGUUUGAGAUGGGAGACGUGAGUGACAGGGUGUGGACCCUCCUGUGGCUACAGUGCUUCUCCAUUGUCCCAUCCACCCUCCAGUCUGCACUUUGUUUCUUAACAGUUCUGUUCCCUCCUGCUUUGGUUUUAAUAAAUGUUUUGAUGGAGUUAGGGCUGGGUUUGGGACUCUAUGCCAACGUGAGGCUAGGGUCAGAGGGAAUACUCAUUUCCUUUUCCUAUCUGGUUUAAUUUCCUUUCUGUGAUGUAACCGCUUGAGAGGAAGAAAAACGAGCCAGUGAAGUAGGGAGUCAUGCAUAUUACCUAAGUGCAGAAAAGGGGGUGUUAGAGUCGGCUUGCUGUGCACCUUCCGGACAUUUUUGAGCGUUAGUAAAGAUGCAACACACAGUGAA